AUGGGGUGCGCAGCGUCGCACGCAAGAGGUUCUGAAACACCACCGCCUCCGCGACUGGGAUCAUCGCGAUCAGACGCGCGGUCGCCGUACCCGGUGCGCAAGUCCGCGGAGGCGGGCGGCGGAGUGUGCGAGUACAGCUACCAGGAGGUGCACGCCGCCACGGGCGGGUUCCAGCACGAGUUGGGGAGCGGCGGGUUCGGCGUGGUGUACCACGGGUACCUGGCGGAGCCGCACGGCGUGCCUGCUGGCGGCAAGGGCGCGGCCGUGUGGGCCGUGGCGGUGAAGCUGAUGAGCGGCGAGCACAUCGCCAACGGCAUCGACAGCUUCAUGACGGAAGUGGCGGUGAUGGCGAGGGUGCACCAUCCCAACAUCCUACGGCUGGAGGGCUACGUGGUGGGUGCCACGCCCAUCCUCAUCUACGACUACAUCCCCAAUGGGGAUGCCGCCUCCUACCUCGCCAAAGCGAGGAGUGGUGAGGUGCAGUUUUCAUGGAGGGACAGGUUGAGGGUAGCGCUGGGGUGUGCGGAGGCGCUGACAGCCAUCCACGCCAACAACUUCGUGCAUCGCGACUUCAAGGCGCCCAACGUGCUGCUGCGGGAGGACCUGACACCAGUGGUGGCGGACUUUGGGUUGGCGCGAGCGGUGGACGACUGGAAGACACACGUGGAGACACGCGUGAUGGGGUCCGUGGGCUACAUCGACCCCAUCUACUUCGAAUCAGGCAACCUGAGUAAGAAGUCGGACACAUAUGCGUUUGGGAUCUUCUUCCUGGAGCUCAUCUCCGGCACAUCUGCCCUUGAUAGCAACUUCAAGGAGCUGCGGCGCCUGGUGAACGGGAAUGACUACCCCGAUGCCGCUCUUGUGAUGGACCCGCACCUGGCGGGGCAAUGGCAGCUGAAGCACGUGCUCGUGGCCUUCACACUCAUCAAGUUUGCCAUCUUCUAUGACUGGGAAACUAGACCAGGGAUGGACACCCCUGCCGCGCGUGCGUCGGGUGGGCGCUCCUCCAGCUCGCCUGCAGCGGCGCCUUCUUCGCGCGAGGUCAGCCGCGCUGCCCUCUAUGCCGUCAUUCUCUCCCGCACGCUCUGCUCGCCGCUCCCUGUCAACUCUUUUCUAUACGUUGUUUCGCCGUCUGAUGUCGUGCUGUCUCCUUACAUACUGCUCGUUUGUGUGCGCUGCCCCGCGCGCUGCAGAUUUCCGCAAGCGGCUGCGCGAGAAGUACAUGCUGCCGCAGCGGCCGUUCAGCGACUUGUGGAUGCACUGCCUGUGUGCGUGCUGCGCCAUCGCGCAGGAGCAUCGCGAACUGCGCAACCGCGGAUGGGACCCCGCGCUAGGCUAUGCGGGCAACGUGCGCAAGUUCCAGGCGUGCUCUCCGCCCCCCCAGAUGGAGAUGCUCGCCGACCAGUAGUAGCUAGCCCUCCGCUGCCGCUCUACGCGGCUGUCAGCCACCAGUCAGCACGGGCACUGUCGUGCAUGCUCGCCCACAAGGUGCCACCGCGCCCGCCGGGGGAUCCCGGCGGCACUUCCAGCGGCGGAUGCGGCAGCUCCGGCCCCUCCGGCACAUGCGGCGGGCCUGGGAUUUCCGGGAUUUCCGGCACCACGUCAGGCGGCGUCGGCACCUCGGGAAUCUCGGGGAUUCGCUCCGGAGGGUUGGGAAUCUCGGGGAUUUCAGGAAUAAUGUCGGGCGGUGUGGGGGAGGGAACUUCGGGCGGGGGGAAGGGCGGAAGGUUUGGCGGAGGGGUUGGAGUUGGGGCUCCGGGGGGUGGGAUGGGGACGGCUUCGGGAGGUGGCGAGGGCGGGGGGACUUCGGGGGGAGUGAGCGGGGGGACGUUCGGCAUCGGGAUGGGGGGCGCCCUCGGGACAAUCUCGGGGCUUGCGGGCUGCCCUCCGCCACGACCCGGCACUUCCGGGGGGAAAUCGGGACCUCCAAGGACGUGGAGGCCCGCGAUGCGGCGCGCGCACUCCGGUACUGAUGGGUCGCGCGAAUACUGCAACGGCGGGGACUGUAAGAGGGGCGCAUCCAGUGCGCAUGCCCGUUUGCCGUGUGCUGACACUACUUGCACGCACGCGCUCAGACCUGGGGAGAAGUUACGCGCGAUUGAAGCGAUUGAUGGUGGGUGCAAGUCUGCCAUCCAUUCCAGCGUCAUUUUUACACUGAAAAGGCAUUUCGACUAUGGCGGUGCGUGCAGACAGUUUCCGUCGUCGCGUCGCACACAAUUCGGUCUUACCUUCGCUGUCCUCCCUCCAUGCUCAUUCCGCGCUCGCCCUCUCUCACCCUUCCCCGCGCAGGCCGCGAAGAUCCCGGUGGAGCUGCAGCUGGCGGCGGACGAGGCGGCGUGGCUCGCCCAGAUGGCCGCCACUCACGGGCUGCCCGACGCUGGCAAGGCGCUGCGCAUCGUGCUGACGUACGCGAGGGACGAGAAUCUGGGGGCUCUGGGCGGCAAGGAGGCCAUCCAGUCUCCCUCUUCAUCGCUCGCCACCCACUCAUUCGAAAUCGAGUCUUUCCAUGAGGGCGUUUUGCGGAAGAUUCAAGAAGCAAACAAUUGCGACAGCGUUAGUGAGGCGGUGCGGGUGCUGCUGCACCACGUGCAGGCAGCGGUGUCAGAGGCAAUCCUCUUUGGCCUCGUGCGCUGCAAGCGCCCCCUCAACUGCACCUCCUGCCCCGCCCAUGCCGCCGCUGCCGCUGCCAAGGCUGCUCCCCCUGCUGCGCCUGCCGCUGCUGAGUAG